AUGGACGCCCAGGUCGAAAAUGCCAUUGAGAUUGCAUGGAACCCAACCGCCGACCAGAGCGUCAAACAGCAAGCCUUCGAUUUCCUCAAUCAGCUACGGUCUGACCCGUCUGGUCGCGAAGCGUGCCUAACCCUCUUCACACGAAUCCCAAAAUGUUCCGAAGUCGUUCGGCUAGUAUCCCUAGACGUUGUCAACAAUGCCAUUCAGACACAACAGUUGGAUAGCCAAAACUUAAACCAUUUGAAGGUGACGCUCUUGGAAUACAUAAGGCAUAUCUAUGGAUCUGGCAGCCAGAAUGACAUAGACCCACCGAGUCUCCAGAAUAAGCUCACUCAGACUUUAACAUUCCUCUUUAUCUCGAUGUAUAAAGAAGGCUGGGAAACAUUUGUGGAUGACUUUCUGGCAUUGACCAGUCUUCAAAAUAAUGUGUCAAGGGAUAACAUUGUGGGCAUUGUUCUCUACUUACGAAUCUUGGGCUCAAUUCAUGAUGAAAUCGCCGAUGUUCUUGUUACCCGGACCGCGGAUGAAACAAAACGCAACACCUAUUUGAAGGAUAUUCUGCGAGCACGGGAUGUUCAGAAGAUCGCUACUUCUUGGCAAGAGAUUCUGGCACAAUGGGCGGAUCGGAAUGACAGCAUUGUCGAAAUGAACCUGAAGAUGAUUGGCAAGUGGGUUAGCUGGAUUGACAUCUCGUUAAUUGUCAACCAAGAUACCCUGAAUCUCCUUUUUGGGCUUGCUGGUCGUACAAAUCCAUCCCACCGAGAAGACAAGGUGCGGGAUGCAGCCAUUGACACAUUCACAGAGAUUGUGGCUAAAAAGAUGAAAGGGUCUGAUAAGAUGGAUAUGAUUGUCUUCUUGAAUCUGGGGGAUGUUAUUUCUCAACUUAUUACAAGUCCAGCACUGCAUGAUUUACGGCCAACAUCGAGCUAUGAUACUGAUCUCGCAGAGGCUGUUGCAAAGCUAGUCAACAACGUGGUUUUCGAUAUCGUGAAAGUCCUCGACGAUAAUCAGGCCCAGGCCGAGACUCGAGCACGAGCCGAGCAACUCAUUCAAACAUUCCUCCCUUCCCUCCUACGCUUCUUUUCCGACGAAUAUGAUGAAAUUUGCUCUACCGUCAUACCAUCUCUCACCGAUCUUCUCACAUUCUUGCGUAAAGCCAAACCACUUCCACCUGCAUAUUCCUCCAUGCUGUCACCUAUUCUCAAUUCUAUUAUUCAGAAGAUGAGAUACGAUGAAACGUCUAAUUGGGGCAACGAGGAUGAACAAACAGAUGAGGCAGAAUUCCACGAUUUGAGGAAAAGAUUGCAAAUCCUUCAAAAGGCAGUUGCCGCAGUUGAUGAAGGACUUUACAUUGACGUUCUAAGCAAUGUUGUGGGAAACACUUUCCAAUCCUUUGAUAGCCAGGGUGCUCAAAUGGACUGGAGAGAUCUCGACUUGGCACUUCAUGAGAUGUAUCUAUUUGGAGAGCUUGCUGUUCCAAACGGAGGACUCUAUGCUAAAAGCCAGCCAUCGGGCGUAGCCGCUGAGCGAUUGAUCAUCAUGAUCUCGAAGAUGAUCGAAUCAGGGGUUGCCUCGUUCGCUCAUCCUGCCAUUCAACUCCAGUAUAUGGAAAUCUCCGUCCGAUACUGCUCAUUUUUCGAAAACCAGGCAGCAUACAUACCUAAAGUCCUCGAGGACUUUGUUAGACUAGUGCACCACAACCAUAUCAGGGUCCGGACGCGGUCCUGGUACUUAUUUCAUCGGUUUGUGAAGCACCUCCGUGCACACGUGGGAAAUGUUGCGGAGACUGUAAUCCAGUCCAUCAGCGACUUGCUUCCUAUUAAGGCUGAGCUUCCGAGUGAAGGUGGUGGCGAUGAUGACAUGUCAUCUGAUGAGAGCGAUCAUUCUGCUGACGCGACUUUCAACGGGCAGCUCUACCUCUAUGAGGCGAUUGGUUGCAUCUCGUCAACAUCAUCAACUCCUAUUGAAAAGCAGGUCUUGUACGCCAGGACCAUCAUGGAGCCUCUAUUCUCCGAGGUUGAGCGUACCCUCCCUAUAGCGAAAUCAGGCGACGCACAAGCAAUCUUGCAAAUUCAUCACGUUAUUAUGGCUCUGGGAACUUUAGCGCAUGGUUACUCUGACUGGAGCCCGGGCACCGCUGCAACGCAUCGUGCUGCCCAUCCUAAGGAAUUGGUGGAAGAGUUUGGCCGAGCAGCAGAAGCCAUCCUGAUUGCUCUCGAAGCACUUCGAUCCUCUUUUGAUAUUCGAACGGCAGCUAGAGCUUCAUUCUCCAGACUUAUGGGAGUCUUAGGGAUUGGGAUGUUGCCGCUCCUUCCGCGCUGGAUUGAUGGACUCUUAUCUCAAAGCUCGUCCAAAGAUGAAAUGGCUAUGUUCCUUCGUUUAUUGGACCAGGUCAUCUUUGGCUUCAAGAAAGACAUAUAUUCAGUCCUAGACUCCCUGCUUACCCCACUACUCCAAAGGGUGUUUGCAGGCCUAAAUGAACCGAUCACCGGGACCGAUGACGAGAUUCAGCUUGCCGAGCUUCGACGAGAAUAUCUAACAUUUGUGCAGAUCAUCCUGAACGAAGGUCUUGGGUCGGUUUUGGUCAGCGACCUAAACCAAGGCUUUUUCGAGUCUUUGAUUUCAUCCGUCACAACUCUAGCAAGGACGGUGAGCAACGGGACGGGGAAUCUCCCGGCUAGUCGUCUUGCAUUUUCAGUUCUCGCCCGCAUGGCUGAUCUCUGGGGCGGGCCAAGCAUCGCAACUCUCUCUCCUCAACCAACGCCAUCCACGCUUCCACCCUCCCCCGCAUUCCCGGGCUUCGACAGGUUUCUUAUUGAGCGAUUCCAUCCCAUCUGCUGGGAAGUCCUCCAAAACCCACAAUUCCGCCCUGUUUCUGAUGCUCAAGUCAAGCAAGUCCUGAACGAAAUCGCCGGUUUGGAGCAAACGAUCUAUACCAAAACGGGCGACAUGUUCCUCCAGCACCUGCAGACCUCAUUCUUCCCCUCCUUGGGUAUUGAUGGAUCCGACUUUAUAAAGCAUAUGACGACCUCCACGGAUAGGAAGGCAUUUGCUGGCUACCUUGCUGGGUUCUUAAGACAGCGUGGAUAG